AUGUCAGCCGAUUCAGAUAUGGAAUAUUCAGACAAUGACGGGGAAUAUGAUGACUACUAUAAUACAGGUGAUGACUGUGACAUUGACCAAAUUGAUCCGAAAAAGGCCGACACAGAAUUCUUCGUUUAUCAAUGUCUUAACGUCGAAGAAGUGGAAAAAUUACUGAACGAAUCCGUCGAACGGUUGUAUAACACUUUACAAAUCACACCUGCGCUAGCCAAAAUGUUACUUCACCAGAAUAACUGGAAAACGCAAGCUAUAAUCGAUAAAUUUCGCGACGACGCGUCUAAGGUGCUAACAAGUGCUCGCAUCUACCCUACGCCGAUUAGCAGCGGCAAGUCAGUUUCGGCGUAUAGAUCGUUAAUGUGUCCCGUAUGCGCAAAUACGCAGUUGUAUGAUCGGUUUUAUAAUUUAUCGUGUAGUCAUUCAUUUUGUAAGGAUUGCUGGUCGAUGCACUUUGAAACGCAAAUAAAUCAAGGAAUCUCAACACAAAUCGGCUGCAUGGCACCAAAUUGCAAUGUUCUGGUCCCGGAAGAUUUAGUAUUAAAACUAUUGACACGUCCCACAUUGCGUGACAAAUACCAACAAUUUGCAUUCCAAGAUUACGUGAAAUCCCACCCCGAACUCCGAUUUUGUCCUGGCCCGAAUUGCCCGAUUAUAAUUCGCAGUCAGGACAUAUCGCCGAAGAAGGCGACAUGCAUUUCGUGUAAAUCGUCGUUUUGUUUUCAGUGUGGAACGGAUUAUCAUGCGCCGACUGAUUGCCAGACGAUCAAAAAGUGGAUAACGAAAUGCGCGGACGAUAGUGAGACGGCAAACUACAUUAGUGCCAAUACCAAAGACUGCCCAAAGUGUCACAUUUGUAUAGAGAAAAAUGGAGGUUGUAAUCACAUGCAAUGUUACAAUUGCAAACAUGAUUUUUGCUGGAUGUGUUUGGGUGAUUGGAAGUCGCACGGUUCGGAGUAUUAUGAGUGUUCCAGGUACAAAGACAAUCCAAAUAUAGCGAAUGAGUCGGUUCAUGCGCAGGCCAGAGAAGCUUUAAAGAAAUAUCUCCAUUACUACGAGCGAUGGGAGAACCAUUCGAAAUCGUUGCAACUGGAGCAACAGACUUUAGACAGGCUUAAGAGACGUGUAAACGACAAAGUGAUGGAGGGACUAGGCACCUGGAUCGAUUGGCAAUAUUUGUUCAACGCCGCCUCAUUGUUAGCGAAAUGUCGAUAUACUUUACAAUAUACAUAUCCCUAUGCCUAUUUCAUGGAACCCGGUUCGAGAAAGGACUUGUUUGAAUAUCAGCAGGCCCAACUUGAAGCCGAAAUCGAAAACCUCUCAUGGAAAAUCGAACGAGCAGAGACAAACGAACUAGGCGACUUAGAAAAUCAAAUGGACAUUGCAGAGAAGCGACGAACAACGUUACUGAAAGACUUCUUCCCGACGACUUCGUAAUGUUUGACUUAGAAGUGAUAAAAUUCCGAGAACAGAAGAUUUAUAAACGAUUUACAGAUAAGACCACAAUAUUAUAACUUGAUAGACAAACAAAAAAGAUAGGAUCCUAAGCAGAAUCAGUUAGUAGUAUUUGAGUAAUAUUCACAAUUCUUUGCUUUUAGAAAGUAGGAAAUGACAUGAUCUUAUAGAUAUUGCAAUAAAUCAAAAAAAUCGAAUUUAAAAGAUAGCGUUGCCCUACUUUUAUCGACUUUAUUUAUUUCAUUUGUUUUUUCUUCAACUGAGUUUUACGUGACAUGCAUAUAUUUCUCAGUUAUUUUUUCCGUUUUCGCUCGUCAACAGCAGUAGCUAUAUGGCGUACGCUAAUAUAUUGAGAACAUGUAAUUUCAUCGGAUAAGUUAUAUUUGUAUAAAACAAAAGAAGGAUUGCCCUCAAAAAUUAAAUUCCCAUCAUAAAAAAUA